AUGAGCGAAAUCUAUGAAAAAAGUUUUGAAUAUUCGAUAAAUUUAGGUUUUAGGACCACCAUGGAUGUUCCUUCAACAUCUCAUGGUGAUCAGGAUGACCUCGACGAAGGUGGAGCAUUGGCGAUCUAUACUGAAAUGGCAUCAUUAGGCAACCCAUUGGAAUUCGAUGAAGACGCUCCAAAUCCUUACGCUGAAGUACUCGGGCUUAUUGAUGCUCAAGUGGAAUUUUGCGAUCAACUCUUGGAAAUAAUUGCGAAGAAACGAAAGCAACUUGCUGAGAAAAAGGCGUGGCUGGAAAAGAAGUUGGAUCAUGAACGUGGAUUAGAUCAUCUUGCGAGGAACAAAGUUCCGGUAAUCCAAUAUCUACCUCCUUAUUUCAAGGAUGAGAACAUGAUGUGUCCUCCGCAAAACGAAGAGGCUAAACACAAACUUCAGUAUACAACUUUCGAUCCCCUAAUUAAGGAAGACAAGAAGUGUACGUUAUGUCCUAUGGCAGGUGGAUUCGGCGCACAGGUCGAUCUCGUGGACUAUUCAUGUGUGGACUGGCUCAAAAUUUCGACUGUCGAGCCAUCCUUCACUUCAUGGGCAGCAGUUGCCAAGAAGUUGGACACUCAGCGAUCUCCUUACCAGUGUUUCGAAAAAUAUAGGAGCGACAUGUAUAGAACUACGAAGGAUUGGACCAAGGAAGAAGAUGAUCGUCUGAUUGCUUUGGUAAAAGUGAUGACUGUCAAUGGAGUGGUUCAGUGGGACAAAGUGACCUUUUACAUGCCUGGACGUCAUCGCCAGCAAGUUCGAACAAGAUAUCAGCGCACGCUCGAUGAAAACGUUCGUCAUGGGCGCUGGACGGAUCAUGAAGACUUGCUGCUAAUGACAGCUGUCGCUCGGUUUGGUGCCAAAGACUGGGCGAAGGUAGCAAAGGCUGUAGUAGGACGAUCAGAUGGCCAAUGCAGAGAGCGGUGGUGUAAUGUGUUGGACAAGUGUACCUAUACUGCCGGUGACUGGACACCUGAAGAAGAUGAACGUCUGGUUUUGGGCGUUCAAGUUUUUGGACGAGGCCAGUGGAUAAAAAUUGCCGAAAUCCUGCCUCGACACAGUCCCGCAAGCAUUAGCCAUCGUUAUAGUUCAUUGUUGUCAGCGAAAAUGAGGUCAUAA